CGAUUCUGUGAAUUGUUUGUUCUUCAUGCACCAAAUCUAAAAACAAUACGUCUUUGGACACAUUACGAUGUCAGAGCAGAAGGUUUACUGCAACAGCUGAAGGGUAGUUUAGCGUGCCGUGAUAUCGAGUUGGAUGUUUGUUACGAUGAGAAUUUUCAUGACCGAGAAGUCAGAUUCAGCAAUGGCUGGGUGGUAAAAAUUGGACGUGGAUUAAAUUAUUUCCAAAGUGUAGGACAUUGUGAAAUUGGUUCGUGUGAUUUAAACCUAAGGAAAUGUCACGAGACCAGCAUCGAUAUUUUCAAAUUCAAACAGCCUUAG